CAUUUUUUCGGCAGUGGUGACUAAGAUGGAAGCGUUUUGGGAGUCACGGACUGGCCACUGGGCCGGGGGUCCGGCUCCGGGGCAGUUUUACCGCGUCCCGUCCACCCCCAGCUGCCUCAUGGAUCCGAUGUCUGCGCCCUGCGAGGGUCCCAUCACUCGGACCCAGAACCCCAUGGUGACUGGGACAUCCGUACUAGGGGUGAAGUUCGACUGCGGAGUGGUGAUUGCUGCAGACAUGCUGGGCUCCUACGGCUCCCUGGCUCGUUUCCGCAAUAUCUCUCGUAUUAUGCGAGUCAACGACAGCACUAUGCUAGGUGCUUCAGGAGACUAUGCUGAUUUCCAGUAUUUGAAGCAAGUUCUCGGCCAGAUGGUGAUUGAUGAGGAGCUGUUGGGAGAUGGACAUAGCUAUAGUCCUAGAGCUAUCCAUUCAUGGUUGACAAGGGCCAUGUACAGUCGCCGCUCCAAGAUGAACCCUCUGUGGAACACCAUGGUCAUUGGAGGCUAUGCUGGUGGAGAAAGCUUUCUUGGUUAUGUGGACAUGCUUGGUGUAGCUUAUGAAGCCCCUUCACUAGCCACUGGUUAUGGUGCAUACUUGGCUCAGCCUCUGCUUCGAGAAGUUCUAGAGAAGCAACCGGUGCUGAGUCAGACAGAGGCCCGAGAGCUUGUGGAGCGCUGCAUGCGAGUGCUGUACUACCGAGACGCUCGUUCGUAUAACCGGUUUCAAGUUGCUACUGUAACUGAAAAAGGUGUGGAGAUAGAAGGACCACUGUCAGCACAGACCAACUGGGACAUUGCUCACAUGAUCAGUGGCUUUGAAUGAAAUCCAGAUGAAGUGUCCAGAGUUGAAGCUUGGCCCUUGUGAACGUGACUGUAGCUGGCUCAAAGGCAGACUUUUGUAAAAAUAAAUCAGUCCUUUGAAGUGU